AUGUUGCUGCUCAAAGUGUCCUUCGCAUUAUUGACAGUGGCAUUGGUCAUCUGCAAGAGUUUACAAUCGUCUAUGUUCGACCAGUGUGGUCCUCGUCAUACGAACCUAACCCAAGAAUGUGUGGGCAAAUUGAUAUUGGAGACUCUGGCUAAAGUCAGCGAAGAUCCAGAGAAUUUCUUUGGAUCAAAACAAUUGAAUAACGACAGUGGAACGAUAAUGCGAUUUAUCAAGCUGAAAUUCGAUAACGAUACAAUGAACAUCGAUCAACGCUACGAAAUCGACGAGAGUAGAUCUUGGAGCGCAGGAAAUUUUUGGGAUCAAUUGGUCUACGUAUUCAAAAAACUGACCAACUACAGUAGCGAUCACGGAAUUCUGUUGUCCCUCCCGCAAUGGUCGAAAAAAUUUCCACCUGUCACAGUCGUUGACGAAAACGACGUUUUUCAAGUGGUCAAUGAAAGUCGAGCCAAGCACCCACACAAGAAGUAUGCUCUGCUGUUCCCAUUGCUGGCGACGUUCAAGUUUCUGGUGAUCAAAACGCUGUUGGUGCCAAUAUUGGUGGCCGUCAUGAUCAUCAAGAAGAUGCUAGUGCUUGGCGUCAUGGCACUACCCACAGUAUUGACCAUGUUACGGUUCUGCCGGAACCCCAACUUCGGGGGCUUCGGGUUCGGUGCCGGUAACCUUGUGGCCACGGGUGCCGUUGGGCCGGUUGGUCAAGCGGCAGCAUUCGCGCCCCUCACAGCCGACAUGUCGGGCGACUACUCCUCGUACGUGCAACAAUCGGCGGCCGCAUCCCAGCAGAACGGCGCUUACAAGGACUACUCUAAGAAUCUGAUGGACGCUAUGAAGACGACAUACUGA